AUGGCGAGACCCCAGACGAAUCAGUAUGCAAGAAGGUUCGAGGAUCAACCUCAGAGAGGUGUAUUCCCCGGACAAGGCGUACCCAUGGAUACAGACCGACAGAGUCGGUUCAGGUUAUGUUACGGAUGUGGCCAGCCGGGUCAUAUCGCAAGGAACUGCCCUCUGAAGAAAGUUGCAGCUAGAGAAGCAACCACAACCCAGGAGGAGACGAAGACGAAGGAUUUUCUCGAAGGUCAGGAGUAA